AUGGAAUCAAACCAAUCAGCUUAUGCAAUAGAAUCUACUCCUAAAAGUGGGAAGACUAGCAAUCCGAAUCUAUCGGUAGAUCGGAUUAAAGUCUUUCACCAACUCCUAAAUCAAACCAAGACAAAAGGUCCUCAACAAGGCCAAGAAUUAGAUCUAGAGCCAAGUCUAUUGGGUGAAAAAACAAACGAAGAUUCUACUAUGAUGGAUGACUUGGAUGUUCACAUAACUCUUUGGAAGGGGUAA